UAUGUAGUCGCCUUUACUUUUGCUUUUGCCCCAUCUUCUCAAAUUAUCAGAAAGAUCUUCUGGUUGCCGUGCACCAAAUUAAGCGUCACUAUUUAUCGCCUCGGGCGAAGUCUCGAAACAGCACUGCCUGGAUUUUCAUGCCUUUUUUGCUGCGGGUCUAAUUGGUCUUUCAAAACCACCCGAGGUAGAUAGAGAUCGUCACGUCGAGACGUUUCUCGGCCUACCUCACGGGCAGGCGCCUGACGCUUUUAACUUGGUUGGUAACAAAAUCUUUUCCUGGGAUUGACCACUGUUAUGGCACUACCGGAUUAAGACCUGAGAGAAACUAUACGUCAGCCACUGGGCGCUAUCAUAGAACUGUCUGGCGUUGCAGACUGUCCAUGAGGCCAGAAAAGGUAUCAGGUUCUUCUUACACCUUUACCGGUUCCAUUUGUGAAAGGAAGCCAUGGGAGGUUUCCUUUCGGUGCAAAGCAAAGAAAAGCGCCGUCGCUCAAAUCGGCUGUCGAAACCGCCACCAAACAAAGCUGCACUAGGAUCAGCCAGCUCCCGCGCAUCCCAUCAAGCUUCCAGUUCCAACUCUCCUACAUGUCCUCAGGCUGCUGCUUGGCAAAACCCUUGGACCGGGACUUCUAUUCCCGUCAGCGCCCCCGAGUCCGACACAGGCGGAAGGAGAUCACAGUCUCUUCCAUCUGUCUCCUAUCAACCUGGGGCACCAUGGCCGUCUGUCAGCAAGACCAGGAAAUGUCAGUCGAUGGUCAAAGCACCAGAUGAUCUUGGUCUGCACACGUACGUUCGUACUGCUAGCAUGUCAGACCCUAUGGGCGGGCAAGCCUCCCGCCGUUCUUCCAGGCAACGCGGCUUCCAGACAACAACAACCCAAAAUGGUCCAGAGCCUUCAAUAGCUCGACAACCAAGCAGAUCGUAUUCUACACACUCACCACCCCAAAGAGCUCAAAGUACUAUGCAUCAUAGCACAAUUGAAGAAGCAACAUCGUCAAAUACGCUUUUCAUGGUAGACAGCCAAGGAUUUUCUUUGAUCCGUCGACGGUCUCUGCUAACGAGACCCGGAGUCGCAACAAGGAGGUCAACAAGAGAUACUGCCCGACGACUGUCUUCGCCAGUCGAUCAAGAGACCAACGCCUCAAUCAACUACCGGAACGGAACAUACAUACCAUCACGGCUGCUAUUAUCUGAUUGCGAAGAUGGUACCCGUGGGCCUUCUGGUCCACUUCCUCAGUUACGUCCACCAACGCCCAAUGAUUUCGAGUACACCCAUCUAGGGGCGCUCAAGUUAGGAUCAUUACGGGUCGUGAAUGGUUCUACAUCUCCGUGCCCUAGCGACAGGAUUCGGUUGAACCGUCCCAACAGCCCAAUCAUCGAGGCCAAUGACUUAGGCACACAUGGUCUAGAGCCAAAACAGCCCAUUGAGGGAGGUCGGCAUCAUGCACACCGAGCCCCAAUCCAUCUGGAUUGUGAAUCCCUAUUAGCUCAUGGAAGUGUGCCAGGUCCGUCACAGGAUGCUGGCCUCACUAGAAGUAGCGGGCAUGAUGAACCGAAGAACUCUGACGGUGGCUCACUAAUGAACAAGGACUAUCCUAUGGGCCUUCAUGAAAAUAGAGCCUGUGGGUCAAUGCUACAAAUUUCAGCUAUUUCUGAUAUCGGAAAGCAUGAAGAUUACCCUGAAAGUCCUUUUUCAUUUGAGAAAUCUCCGACCAUAUCAAGCGCGUGCCGACUCCGUGGGAGCGAAAUAGAAGACGAGGGAAUAUGUGUCCCUGACGAGGAGAAAAUGUUUGUUCCCCAGCUGGAUUGUGCCUUUCGAGACUACGAGCACAGGGAACUCCAACAUCCACACAAAAAGGUUGACAGCGGUUACAGUUCCGCAGCUUCUGUCCGUUCCACUCGAAAAUCCACAGAUUCUCACUCAUCCGCACGUCAAUCCGGAGGACCCCGCAGGUUCACAUUUGGUGGUAGCCCCAGAGAUCUCGAGACUUGGGAUGUCAAAACCAGCUCAAAUUCUGAAGACCACCUUCCUUUGUACCGCCGUUCAAGCCUUCAUGAUCCUAUAGCAGGGCCCAACGUUGAAAUCUGUGGCUGGUCGACCCAUGGAACUUCAAUGUGUCAUGACUCCCAACGGAUACCCAUGAAAGAGCGCCUAAGGAGCUCAUCAUUCACAGCUUCGCAUGAAUCUAGGCAUGCAAUGUCUUUGUCUCAGUACUGUCAUCAACUGAGAAGCCUGGAUACUUCCUCGACGGGCAUCUCGGUUGUUACUACAGAUGCUGUACCUCAUUCGUUCCCGAAAAUCUGCGCAAUGAAACAACCCAUGGAAACAACGAAAGAAUAUGAUGCGCAGGCUAGCAGCAGUUCGAUGGGCACUGCUCGGUUACCAAAGCCAAACCUCGAUGUAUUUGGCAUGUCAGUCCCAGAAAGCGCGGGGGAUGUGGGCUCAGGGAGACCCGCAUUUGGUCCACCGCGAGGAAGGGCUAGAAGUCGGAGCAUCGAGUGUCAACAGAAGAGGUUGACAAAGCAUGCCAAACGUCCAAAUCUUUACAUGGCAGCUUCGCCAUUUAUCUUUCAUUGACGCGCACUUGUCUUUCUCUUUUCUUUUUCUUUGAUUCUAAGAUCCCGUGGAUUAAUUUGUUGCUACAUCACCAUUACUUUGUUAAUGCCGCUUUUCUGAUAGUCCUAUGCUUUGGUGUUGGGAUACCACUUUGAACUUGAUGGGCGGAUAUCUUGUUUACAUCGUCAUCUUUAUUACCCUUACCCUACAAAUACCCAUUUGGUAGCCUGGAUGAUUGUUCAUGUUUCGUUUCUAUAUACCAUUUUGGACCGGCGCUGCGAUGUCACGGAGUUUUCUUUUGUCUUGGGUUAUCUUUUGGCAUUUGAUUCGCCAAGUUCAGUCCUGCUGUCCUUCUGUAUAUGUAUAUAUAUAUAGG